AUGACCUACUUUCUACCUUCGUUUUUCCAGAAGCGUUUGCUCAAAUACGCUCUGUCUCGUCUUGAGUUCAUCGAUACUGAAGCUUUAGAUCCUGACAGUCUCGGUAUUCGCUGGGGUCAGCGAAGCACCGUCGAGCUCCGUGAUAUCGGGUUACGACUCGAAAAACUAGCCACGCUUCUUCAUCUUCCGGCCUCAAGCAAACUGCUCGCAGCCCGAAUUCGACUUUUAAGACUUACCGUUCCGGCCGAUAUCUACAGUAGCGGAAUAAUCUGCGAGGCCAGCGGAAUUGACGUGCACCUGCAUUUCCCUUCCGAAAAAGAAGCAUCUGCUGCGAGGACCAGCCUGUUCGAAAGCCAUGAGUUCGGACAUGAAUCAAUCAUCCCCAAUCCAGCAGACCUUGCCGAAUCAUUCCUCCAGGCCGAGCCGAAGGAGGAGAAAGAGGAACUACAAGCAGCAUUAUCGUCGCGAUCAGAAAUCCUGCACCGUACCUCCUCGUCCAUAAGUGAUGAUGAGGAAGAACUGGGCCUUGGAGAUGAAACGGUCUCGUUACCUAGUUUUGUUGCUGCAUUUCUAAAGGGUGUUGCAGAUCGCUUGCAGGUCCAUGUCGACGAAGUUUCAAUACGGCUUGACGUGGAAAUGAAACAGGAUGGCCCGUCUAAGCGGCAACCUGAAGAGAAACCCGAUUUGAUUUCAGGACUUCUGAUCAUUCGCCAAAUCAGUGUGGGCGCAGUGGUCACGGCCUCCAGCUCGGAUGAACUGCACCCUGGAAAACGACCGAUAUCUCUCUCCGCUAUAGAGCUCGCGCUAGUCUCCGAACCUAUAGUCUUCUCGAAUUACUCCCAAUUUACAGCUCCAACAUCACCAUCGAGUCCCUUGCGUUCAAAGUCUAGCCAAUCAUCGAGCCCAGCCUCCUCAGUACCGCCUGCGCCCUCAUCGGCAUCUAGCUCCACCCAUGCCAUGAUGGCAUCCACGAUUUUUGAACCUUCUCAGCCCACCGUUGAUAUUCCUGAAGAUGAACAUGGUGUAGCGAAGCUUGAAGGGUCGAUAUAUACCUAUGACGGCAGAUUUUCCGACGCGGAUACGGAUGAGAACAGAAGCCACGGAUACCUCGAAGAGUCGCAGGAUUUGUCGGAGAAGUUACUCGAUGAUCCUGCGUAUUUGGAUUCUGUCAUUGAUUCCCAUCUUCAGGAUGACGACUCGGAGGGCUUAGGUGAUAUUCAACCAGGUGAUAUCAAACCUGGCGACUCCAACCAAUCUUAUACUGAUAGAAGCACACCGAGCCAACCAAGCUUGGGUUUUCAAGCCCCGGCGUUGGUUGACCCGCACUCGAGAUCUGGUGAUCAUUCAGUGGCGGUGGCCUCGAUGCCCAAUAUACGAAAUAUUGAAAGGCCGCUUGAUCAAUAUGGCCCUCAAUCGUCCAUGCCUGUCUUAUCACGACCACUAACACAGGAUAUCACCGGUAAUAAUUCGCAGGAAUCGCAGCCUGCUCCACCGUCCCCAUCCGAGACUAGCAGUUCAGGAUCGGUCUCUGCUUACUUCAAUAAUGACCUCUCGGAGUCCAGGUUAUUCUCCCCUGAAGAGGCACAAAGCAUGUACAUGAGCGCCAUGAGCCAUAGGUCUGACUCAAGAAGCUUUAUACCAGAUAUCCCGGGUGCGUGGGAUUCGCCAGAAGCUACCUUGCGUCGAGAGGCUAUUCAACAUCAUGGUUCUUUGGGUCAUACCGACGAGACAACAGAAGCCUUGGAAGACCAGGAUAGAACACCUGUAUCAACACCUAAACCUACGGAUCGUGAAACAAAGUAUCACUCGGGACAUACGUUGGGUCAGCAACAAGAAUCUUACUCCGAAUCGACUGACAAGCACUCUAUUCAACCUUCACCUGACGUGAACGAGACCACGAAGGUUUCAAAGAGCUUCCUCCACAUUGACAAGGUCACUAUAUGGAUACCUUCUACGAAGCCCACAAAAGACCAUCAAGAUAUUUCAGAGCCGUUAGACGCUCGAUCCGCGGGUGGUAGUUUCAAAGACUCGACCACCCACCUAGAGGCUUCCCAGGUUAGAGAAAGAUCUGUGUCAUUCUCCAAGCCUCCUUCCUCUUUACGCACUCGUCGUGAUUCGACCGAACUAGCAUUGGCUGGCACUGACACUAAGUCAUAUACUAAGUACGGUCUCGGGUCUCUUAACAGUACAAACAUCUCAGUUGAGAUUUCCUGUAUUGAGGUACAAUUUGAUAUAUCCAUCGGGUGGCUCAUGAUUAAGAUCGGUCAAAGAGUGCUACAGGGGUUUGGUGAUAUUGGGCAACCAAAGACGAGCAAAAAGUCUACGGAAAGGGAUGUUCAAAGCCCACAAGACAUAGAUUUCACUCUGGGUACACUUUGUAUCAAGUUCGUCGAACUUGUACCGGGAAAAUCUUUCCCACUCGAGGAGCAACAGGACCCUUCUACGACUUUCUUCGACCUUUUGCAUGACAGUGUCCUUCUCCAGUCUACAGUAUCAGGAGUGCAGGCGCAUUAUUCAAAUGCUAACAAUGUAACAGACUUCUCUGCGGCAGUGUCCAAAUUCACCAUCAAAUUUGCUACUGAAGACCUAAUAUCUUUUAGCGAAGACAUGAAGAUGCGGGAAUCAACUAAAGAUGGCCUAUUACCAACCGGCAAUGAUAUUGUCCUUUCGUUGAGCAAAUCCCAGGAUUCAGCGACUUUCAAGACGGACACCCUUCCACUGUGCGUUAGUCUAAACAUACAGCGGCUGGAGGACUUACUAGGGCGGUUCGGAGGAUUAAGUACGAUCAUGGAACUUGGUAGCUCGAUAUCAUCUAUGUCUGGCAGCAAAGGGCCGAAAAACGACGUGCCGAGGCGAACUCGCGGCGUCCGCUUCGCAGGUUCCCCACAAUCUCCAGUUAGAUCCCCGACUCCCAGUGUUCCUUGGAAGGUGAAUGCACGGAUUGGUGGCAUUGUGUUGGACGUAUCAGGAGAGAACCAUUAUCUCACGCUGAGGACUACCGCUGCUAAGAUAAUCAGCAGAUAUGAAAUGAUGGCAGUUCAAAUUGAUAAGGCGAAACUCAGUGGGCCGCUUUCUAUUCACAGUGGUAAAGAUGCGCCAGCAAAAGUUAGCCUUAACAAUAUUCGUGUGGAAUUCCUCUACACCCCGAAAGAACCUGAUCUCGACCGGCUCUUAUCACUCAUUACCCCGUCCAAAGACAAAUAUGACGACGAUGAUGAUAUUAUGAUAGAUACGCUCUUUCGACAACGGAAGCAGGGAUCUGUUCUUCGUGUGACUGUUUCAGGAGCGAAGGUUGUUGUGUCCCGUCCUGAGCUAGGUCCACUCCAGCAAUUAGGCGAAGAACUGGGGAGGCUGUCGAGCGUCGCCAAAUACCUACCUGAAGAUGACCGGCCUGGGAUUCUGACGCUAGUGUUAAUUCGAGACGUGGAGGCUCGCGUGCAUAUCGGUGGGCAAAUUGGGACCAUCGCUGCAAAUCUUGAGAACGCCGAAGCAGCCCAUAUCAGUAUCCCGUCCCUCGUGGCCGGCCAGCUCGGCUCAAUAAGAGUUACCAGAAAUGGCGAUGAGGAACUAAUUGGGGAAGCGCUGCCUCCAAAGCCAGGCUUUGCUCCACUUCCGGUCCUGAUGGUCCGCUUCAUUGCCGAUGAGAUGGAACCUACGAUCAGAGUCAAACUACAUAACCUGCGCGUUGAGUAUACAGUUUCGGCUGCCAUGGCAUUUCUUGGUGUGAGUGACGAGAUGACACCAGGAGAUGUUGCGGCCAAUAUGGCCUCAUCGUUAGCAAAUAUUGCAGAGUUGCACCCGCCACUACAAGAUCUUGAGGAGGGCUCUACAACACCAGUGAAGCCUAUGAAGCUGAAAGUCUCUAUGCGGGACUGCGUCCUUGGUCUCAAUCCCCGUGGAACAGCCGCAAAAGGGCUCAUCGUUCUGGCUAACUCUACUUUCAAUGGAGCUAUUCACGACAUUUCAUCCUCGGAAAUCGCCCUUGACUUACGAAAAGCAUUUGUCAUGAUCAUUGACGAUGUACGCAACACCGAUGCCAGAGGGAAUCUACCUCGAAGAAGAGCAGCUUCUCCGCAGAGUGACCAAAUACAAGCGUUCACGGACAUGGGCUACGUCUCGGUUUCAUCUAUAUCUUCGGCAACAGCUGUAGUGAGAAUAAUGCGCCUGACAGAAAACGGGGCGAAAUCUUUGGAUGUGGAAGUUAGAGAUGAUUUGCUAAUCCUUGAAACCUGUGCCGAUUCAACUCAGACUCUCAUCAGCAUAUUGAGUGGACUCCAGCCUCCUAGCCCGCCUAGCCAGCUCAAGAAGUAUCGAACUGAAGUUGUACCAAUUCGGGAUAUGCUGGAUUCUCUCAGCGGAGAUGCAUUUGCUGCAGACAACUUGCCUAUAGGGGCCGCUGAUCAGGCCGAAAUACAGGAUCACAUCCCCGAACGUGAUAUCGACUACGUAACCGACUUCCACUCCAUGACCGCAUCAGAGGAAGAACUGGCGUCUGGACCGUCAUCUCAGGUUCGCGACAGUUUCCACUCGCAAUGCCAUGUUUCAUCCAGCAUGUCUGAACUUGAUUUUCGUGAGGACCAUUUCAUGCAGCAGUCUUCAGUGGGAGGCACAGCCCACAGGUGGGACUCUACGCAUAAUACUUAUGACCUCUCAGAUGAUUCAAAGCUGCAAAACAGUCCUUUGAGGGUAAGGGUUCGUGACGCGCAUGUGAUCUGGAAUCUUUUCGAUGGGUACGACUGGCAGCGAACAAGGGACACUAUAUCAAAGGCUGUCAAAGAUGUGGAAAAGAAAGCUACCGACCGCCGUACCAGCGGCAGAGCAACUGCGGCAUUUGAAGACGACGAGGAAGCCAUCAUCGGCGACUGCUUGUUCAACUCAGUCUACAUCGGUAUCCCUGCCAACAGAGACCCGGCUGAAUUGCGAAAUGACAUUAAUCGAAACAUCGACGAUCUCAUCAGUGAGACUGGCAGCUAUGCGACUACCAGUACGGUUACCACUGCACGGCGAAACAUGUCACCCGGCUUUCGAGGGAAGAAGUUGCGGUUGUCCCGAAGCAAAGACCAUAAAAUGACGUUUGAGCUCAAGGGCAUCUGUGCGGACCUGGUUGUGUUUCCACCGGGCUCCCAAGAAACCAUGAGCUCAUUGGACGUUCGGGUCAAGGAAUUGGAGAUCUUCGACCACAUACCGACAUCAACGUGGAGGAAAUUCGCUACUUACAUGAAUGAGGCCGGUGAGAAGGAACUCGGGACGAGUAUGGUGCAUCUCGAAAUCCUGACGGUGCGGCCCGUAUCAUAUCUUGCCGCAUCUGAACUCAUACUCAAGGCCACCGUACUUCCGCUCCGUCUACACGUCGAUCAAGACGCGCUCGAUUUCAUGAGUCGGUUUUUCGAAUUUAGGGAUGACUCAACGGCUCCUUCCGGGCCUUCUCAGGAGCCACCGUAUCUGCAGAGAUCGGAGAUUAAUGCCAUUCCCGUGAAGCUCGACUUCAAGCCCAAGCGAGUUGACUAUGCAGGCCUUCGCUCCGGCCGCACGACAGAAUUCAUGAAUUUCUUCAUUCUAGAUGAGGCAGAUAUGGUGUUGAAACAUGUUAUCGUAUAUGGAGCGAAAGGGUUCGACAAACUCGGCCAAGCGCUCAACGAUGUUUGGAUGCCAGACAUUAAGAACAACCAACUCCCCGGUGUUCUUGCUGGUCUAGCCCCCAUCAGAUCACUGGUCAAUGUGGGCAGCGGUGUGAAGGAUCUCGUCGCAGUUCCUGUGCGAGAGUACCGAAAAGACGGCCGCAUCGUCCGCAGCAUCCAAAAAGGAGCCUUCGCAUUCGCCAAAACCACCUCCAAUGAGCUUGUGAAACUGGGCGCCAAGCUUGCAAUUGGAACCCAAACCGUGCUCCAGGGUGCAGAAGAGCUCCUAAGUCCUCCUACGGGUCAGGCCACGACAGGUGAGGAAGACGAGAUCGACGAAGAUGAAGCACCCAAGAAAAUAUCGCUCUAUGCCGAUCAGCCGGUUGGGGUCGUACAAGGUCUUCGAGGAGGCUUUAGGGGAUUGGAGCGCGAUCUGCUUCUCACACGGGACGCGAUCAUUGCCGUGCCUGGAGAAGUACAAGAGAGCGGUAGCGCUAAAGCUGCUGCAAAGGCCGUCCUGAAACGAGCGCCGACCGUUAUUCUGCGACCAGCGAUUGGAGUAUCCAAGGCCGUCGGACAGACGUUGCUAGGGGCAGGGAACUCGAUGGACCCCAGCAAUCGCCGCAAAAUCGAAGAUAAAUACAAACGGCAUUAG